GUUUUUCUUCCCUUGGCUUCAUUCCACUCAUACCAGCCCUCAAUCCAUUCUUCCUCCUUCCUUCCUCGUCACGUUCUUUCUAUCCAAAGCAGGUGUCGGCUUCACUCUUUCAGCUGUUCACCUCGCUGUCCAUUCAUUCUCCUUUACCAGCCUGGUCCAUUGUGUCCUGCGACCCCGUCUUUUCAGACCGCCCGACCGACCUGAUACAUUCCCUCCUUUUUGUCUCGAACGCACCACGACUAUCACAAGAUAGUCACUCUGGUUAUUGCUAUAUUCUUGUCCUUCUAUUGAAGACACUUUGCUGGAACGUCGAUACGACCUGGAUCUUUAUUGAACUAUACUUCUCCACCUGUCUUGUCGAUACAAAUAGCGUUACAGUAUAUACCUUUCGAAAGCCGAAUCCGAGAAACCGUAUGCUACUGGAGAACUCGACUAUCUAAAAAUGAUGCACCUGUUCAAGAGGCUCGUCGCCCGUGACGAUGAAAAAAGCAACGAUGAUAGACUUACUCCGGCCAUGGUCGAUCUUUUGAUCGCUCUUCUAGUUCUCGUUCUAGUCGGUAUUGCCCUUGUUGGUGCCCUUCUUGUUUUGCGCCGCAAGCGCCAAAAUCGGAAACGAUCCCAACUCCCGAUUCAUAACGGCCAGUGCACGACUCAUCAUCGCAGCCUCACAAUUUCUGCACCGCCAUAUGCCAAGACCGAGUCCGUCCUCGUCUACGAUGAGAAGAGGAGUCUCAUGGAGAACUCAUCGAGCCCUCCACCGAGCCCAGUCCCGGAGAUCCGCAUUACGUUCCCUGAAGAGGAAGAUGAAUCUGGAAAGCGCAAAUCUGGACGCAUGGUGGUUGUAAGAAUCAGCGAUGCUGGCGGUGUGGGACUGGAGCCAUGCCAUGACGAAUUGCCACCAUAUCAGUCCAGUGAUGCGGAGCGUUUCCAGUCCUUGGACAUUGAGCGCAUGGGCGGGCUCAAGGAGAAAGAGGAUGUAAAAAGAUGGUCUUGAACGAACCGUUGAUAACUAGAUACCAGCGGCCGUCUUUUCUAUCCGUGAUACCCCUUCCAACCUCUUACUCUUCGACGAUUUCAAAAAGGCAUGACGACAUCCCGGCGAAGAUUUUUUUUUUUCCGUUUCUUAUAUAUCGCCACUUGUGUUUCGUUGUAUCUUCGUGACUUGCACAUACGCGGAAUGAUAUCUCCCGUCUGACCACUGCACUACUAAUCAUUGGUGAUUUGGAGUUUCACGCUUGUCCUGUCGGGCAAUAUUCGCCCGGCGCACCCGAAGACGGCACUAAAGGCAUACCUUAGCUGAAUUGUGUAUAGCAAAGGGCGGUGGAUUCAAUUCGAGAUUUCUUUUCUUUCUUACCCCCCCAUUUCUCCCAAUUUACAUUCAUUAUUCUUAAGGCGUUCAUUUCUCGUGCUUGGUCACUCUAAUUCUUUCACCCUGCCAUGUCACUAGGGUUGGAAAGACGUUACGCACCUGUUUGUUGGAUUAUCUUCAAUUUCAUUCUCCUUUGGGGGUUUUCUUUUCUUUUCCCCCACUGACCUUGUUGUUGUUUCAACGUUCUAUUCAAUUAUCCUCCCACCAUCGUCCCUACCAUUCUCGGGUUGCCUUUAGGGUGUCUUACAGCUGGAUAAUGUAUGUAACUAGUCUGACAACGUAUUGUACGGCCACCUCUGUGUGGGCCUCAAUGGAUGCGUUCAUUCAUUUUCAAA